UGUCAAGUGUCAGUGUGCUUAUUUCUCAGAUUGCGCCAUGCCUCCUCUCCCCCUCUUCCACCUCCUCGUCGCCGCAUCCCUGGCCGAGCCCAGCGCCGGCAACAUGUUAGAUCCCGGAAUGUGCCAGAAGUCCGUCGCGUGUGGGGACAGCGUCGACGUCCGCUACCCUUUCUUCCUCACCGCCGCCACCGCCGCCAUCGUGGGGAACACCGCCUACUCCUACUGCGGGUACCCCGGCAUGGCGAUCAUCUGCGAGGGCGGCCGCGCGACCCUGCGGCUCAAGGGAAACGAGUACACCGUCCUGAACAUCAACUACGAGGACCACACCGUCACGGUCGCCGACACGGAGGUUCUCAGCGGCGGGGACUGCCCGCGAGUGACACGCAACGUCACCGUCCCGCCGGAGGCAUGGCUCAACAUCUCGACCACUGCCAGCAUCAACCUCUCCUUCUUCUUCGACUGCGUCUUCACGGCGGCCACCCCUCCGCCGCCGGCGAGGCCUCCGAUCAACUGCAGCAGCUUUCCGGGACGGGACAGGGUGUCUUACGUGGUGGAGGAGCCCGACGUGGCGCCAGCGGACCAGUGGCCGCGGGCGUGCAAGGGGAUGGUCGUCGUGCCGGUGCUGAAGGAGCUCCUCCUGGGCUCUGAUGAGUACCUCGCGCGUCUGAACAGCGACGGGUACGGCAAGGUGCUGAAGCAGGGGUUCCAGCUGAGCUGGGACCCCAGCGCCGGGCCGUGCUCCCUGUGCGAGCAGUCCAAGGGGCAGUGCAGCUACAACCAGAGCGGCGAAUUCAUCGGCUGCUUAUGCUCCGACGGCAGCGUGCGCAACCCGGAUUGCGGACCCAGAAUCUCAGAGAAGAAAAACACAACAUAUAUAGUAUCAGCUGUUUCAGGUUCAAUUUUACUGUUUCUGCUCCUUUCUAUUUGCGCUCUGCACCGUAAGAAAUUUCACAUCCCAAUGCCCUGGGAAUGGGGAUCCAAACAUAUUUCAACCAUUGAAUCAUUCUUGCAAAAGCAUGAAGCUCAGUACCCAAAGAGAUAUACUUAUUCAGAAGUGAAGAGAAUGACCAAAUUUUUUGCCCACAAGCUAGGCCAAGGCGGCUUUGGUAUUGUUUACAAGGGUAAUCUACCAAACGGGCAGGAUAUAGCAGUGAAGGUCCUCAAUGAAUCGAAGGACAAAGAUGAUGGGCAGGAAUUCAUGAAUGAGAUAGCAAGCAUUAUGAGAACUUCUCAUAUUAAUGUUGUGACUUUGCUGGGGUACUGUAUCGAAGGAUACAAAAGAGCUCUUAUCUACUAGUACAUGCCUAAUGGCUCACUUGAAAGAUUUGCUUUUGGACGAAGUUCAGGAGGAGGAAACUCACUAAGUUGGGAGAGAUUGUUUGAUAUUACAGUUGGCAUUGCUCGAGGACUUGAUUAUCUUCAUCGUGGGUGCAAUACCCGCAUCGUGCAUUUCGAUAUCAAACCCCACAAUAUUCUACUUGACCGAGAUUUCUGUCCAAAAAUUUCUGAUUUCGGAUUGGCAAAACGGUGCAUGACAAAAGAGAGUAUUAUAUCUAUUGAUUGUGCAAGGGGAACCAUUGGUUACAUUGCUCCAGAGGUCUUCUCACCGCAAUUUGGGCAAAUAAGUAGCAAGUCUGACGUCUAUAGUUAUGGUAUGAUGAUCCUUGAGAUGGUUGGAGCAAGGAAGAACAUCAAUAGAAGUUCAGAGACCAGUAGCAAAUAUUUUCCUCAGUGGAUCUAUGAACAUCUGGAGGAACAUUAUAUUGAUGCUUGGGAGACCAGUAUUCAUAGUGAGGUUGUAAGAAAGCUGCUAAUAGUCGGAUUGUGGUGCAUACAGCUUCAACCUAAUAACAGGCCUUCGAUGACUAAAGUAGUUGAAAUGUUAGAAAGCAAGGCAGAUGAUCUGCAGAUUCCACCAAAAAGCAUUCUGUGUUGAAAGUUUCGGUUUCAGUCCAUUAACAUUCUGUACCAUGUAAAUUAAACUCCAGCAACGUUAAAAAUGUGAACUUUUCUAUGAAGAAGUGGCGGAGGAUGGAACAAAAUUAAGGUAUGGUGAAGUAUAGACAAUGGUAAGAUUCAGUAGCAAUAGUCAAGUCAAUCCACAAAUUGA